AUGGCGUUCUACUGUCGACAAAGCACCCACGGGACGGCACUGACCGCGACAGUGUUGGUCCUUCUGGUGGCGUACGCGAUCCUUCCCACCGUUCGGUGUCGAUCGGUCAACGUAAACUCCCCGAAUCACCCGCACAGCCGGCACCACCGGUCAAACAUCUCCAUCGAGAGCAACUCUAUCCAGCGGUUGGACGCAUAUGGCAAUCACCGGCAGCCGGGACAUCACGGGAAUGGUGGUUACAACGCGAUGGCCACCCAACCACCGCUCUUGAAGCGCGUGUUCCUCUCCAACCGAACCGUCACCUGUAACGAUGGCUCGCAGGCCGGCUUUUACCUGCGGAAAUCGCCCGGUUCCCGCCGAUGGGUGGUGUUCUUCGAGGGUGGCUGGCAUUGCUACGAUCACAAGUCGUGCCGAACGCGGUGGCUUAAGCAGCGCCAUCUCAUGACCUCGGUGCAGUGGCCAGAAACGCGUGAUGUUGGUGGUUUACUGUCCGCAUUGCCAUCCGAAAAUCCGUACUGGUAUAACGCAAAUCACGUGUUCGUGCCGUACUGCAGCAGUGACUCGUGGAGUGGUACUAAAAUCCGGCCCGAUACGCGAGACGGAUUGCGGUUCAUGGGAUCGCUCAUCGUGCGCCAGGUGAUGUCGGAUCUGGUGCCGCUGGGGUUAGGGCAUUCUCAGGGCGCAGACCUUUUGAUGGCCGGCUCGUCGGCUGGUGGUUUAGGCGUGAUGCUGAACCUGGACAAAGUGCGCACGUUUCUGCAGAAUGAGCGAGGUCUGAAAGUAAGCGUACGAGGUGUAAGCGAUUCCGGAUGGUUCCUCGAUCGGGAACCGUACACACCCGGUGCGGUCGCAGCUUCCGAAGCCGUCCGGCAGGGCUGGAAAAUGUGGGAUGGCGCCCUACCGCAGGCUUGUGUGGCUGAACACCCUCAGGAACCGUGGCGAUGCUAUUUCGGGUAUCGGCUUUACAACACGUUGAAAUCUCCGCUGUUCGUGUUCCAAUGGCUGUUCGAUGAGGCGCAGAUGCGAGCGGACAGUGUUGGAGCACCAGUAACACCCCAACAGUGGGAUUACAUCCACGAUAUGGGUGGUGCGCUGCGAGAAUCACUCAACAACGUGUCGGCGGUAUUCGCGCCCUCGUGCAUUGGGCACUCGGUGCUGACCAAACGCGACUGGAUGAAGAUUCGCAUCGAUGAUAUCUCGCUCGCGGACGCACUCCGGUGCUGGGAGCAGGCAAACGUCGAUGAACGUCAGUCUCAGUGGCGCUCGAUCAAUCGGAGCCCGCAAAAGCUGCACCGCAAGCACAAUGGCGCCCGUCGGAAGAACAAACAGCUUCAGCAACAGCAACAACAACAGCUUCAGCAACAACAGCUGUCGUCGCCCUCGGAACGGCCGCCCCGUCCGAAGCUUACCAAAGAAGAACGAGAGCGACGGCGGCAGGAACGGCGCAAGUUGCAGAACCAACGUCAGAAGCAGAACGGCAAUGGCAAGUCGAACGGUGCCGGUCCGGCCGUGGUCACAAUCGCCGGCUCGACGACCGACACAACGAAAGUUCCUAACCUAGAACGAUCGCCAAAAAAUAGUACUACCAUCACGCUUAAUCAUCCCAACGGCAAUCACCCCGGCAACCCCGGUCACCUCAAUCAACCGAAGCGCAACAACAACCAUCGCCACCAUCCGGCCCAACAGCAGCUGCAGCACCAGCCGCAACAGCAGUUGGAACUGGAAACUCUGAACUCGCCACAGCCAGCGCAAUCGAACGACCAGACGCCUCACAAACUGCGCAACCAGAACAAAAAGCGGCUGAAUGGCCACCGGAAUCGCAACCGGAAGGCACGGAACGGUGGUGGCGGCGGCGGCGGAGGCGGUCGGAAUCGAGCACCGCAGGCGGUGAACAUUGCCGAACCAAAGAAGUGCUCGCUGCGGUUGCUGGAGCGAUGUAGCUGGCCGCAGUGUAAUCACUCCUGCCCGACGCUUACGAACCCGCUGACGGGCGAGGAGAUGAAGUUCCUCGAGCUGCUGGCCUCGUUCGGGCUCGACAUGGACGCGGUGGCGACGGCUCUCGGGGUCGACAUGCAGACGCUCAACAACAUGGACCAGGCCGAGCUGGUUAAUUUGCUCACGCAGCAGGUGACGUAG